GCAAAUAUUCAUUUGGGAAAUGAGAAGAUCUCUCCUUACGAAGAGAAUCUGCCCUUAAAAACCCAGCUUGGGACCGAGCAAUUCUUGUGCUACCAAAACACCAAAUAGGUAUCCUGCCAAGAGCAAGACAUUCGUGUUGUUUUGACUGAGAAACACCAGUUAACAACAGCAUGUGUUUAAACAGAAGAGAAUGAGUCAAGCAAGUUCUUGGGGCGUGAAUCAGAGCAGAAUUCGAAGCCUUCCUAAGCUGUUUCCUCAAAGAAUUAGCCUUACUGGCAAAAGCAGGGUGGCUGGCUGGGGUUGGGCCGAACUCCCUCAGAGCUGAUGGGUUUGUGAUGAUGGUGAUUACAAAACAAAACCAAAAAUUUCUUCCAUGGCUGAAAGCAGACCCCUCGGGGUGGGCCUCAGUCAGGCAGGAGUCAGUCAGCUCUCUGGAGACGUUCCAGCGCCGCUGCUGUUCCCAAGGCGGGCCUGGAUGGGGCCUGGGCCUUCAGCAGGGAGCGCGCACAGCUUCCGUCUCUGAGAACAGGAAAACUAAGGACAGGCGGUUCUGGGCAGCCACAAGCCUCUAAGAGAUCGUAAACACUUCAUUCUCACCAUCUUUUACUCUAUUCCUAGAUGCCAGGUUCUUCGGGACAGCCAGGCUCACAGACAAUAAAAAAAGGGCACAGAGGAGUGGAUUCCACAGGCGAGACUACCUAUAAAAAGACAACAUCAUCUGCCUUGAAAGGUGCCAUUCAGCUGGGCAUUACACACACAGUUGGAAGCUUGAGCACCAAACCUGAAAGAGAUGUUCUCAUGCAAGAUUUCUACGUAGUAGAAAGUAUUUUCUUCCCAAGUGAAGGGAGCAACCUGACCCCGGCUCAUCACUACAAUGAUUUUCGGUUCAAAACCUAUGCUCCAGUGGCCUUUCGUUAUUUCCGGGAGCUGUUUGGGAUCCGACCUGAUGACUAUCUGUACUCGCUCUGUAGUGAGCCACUCAUCGAACUUUCUAACUCCGGGGCCAGCGGAUCCCUCUUCUACGUAUCCAGUGACGAUGAGUUUAUCAUCAAAACAGUUCAGCACAAAGAGGCUGAGUUCUUGCAGAAGCUGCUGCCUGGCUACUAUAUGAACUUGAACCAGAACCCAAGGACGCUGCUGCCAAAGUUUUAUGGCUUGUACUGUGUCCAAGCCGGGGGCAAAAACAUUCGGAUUGUUGUGAUGAACAACCUUCUGCCACGCUCUGUGAAAAUGCACCUGAAAUACGACCUGAAGGGCUCCACCUACAAACGUCGAGCAUCCCAGAAGGAACGGGAGAAGGUCUUCCCAACAUACAAGGACUUGGAUUUUAUGCAGGACAUCCCUGAUGGCCUCUUCUUAGAUUCAGACAUGUAUAACGCUCUGUGCAAAACGUUACAGAGAGACUGUUUGGUCCUGCAGAGUUUUAAAAUCAUGGAUUAUAGCUUGCUUGUGGCAAUCCAUAACAUUGAUCUGGCACAGAGAGAGCAUGCGUUGGCAGAUGGGACAUCUCAGACCGACACGCGGCGACCCGCUGCCCAGAAGGCCCUCUACUCUACAGCCAUGGAAUCCAUCCAAGGAGAGGCCCGGCGAGGUGGCACCAUAGAGACAGAUGACCAGAUGGGAGGCAUUCCAGCCCGUAAUGCGAAGGGGGAGAGACUGCUCCUUUACAUUGGCAUCAUUGAUGUGCUGCAGUCCUACAGAUUUGUCAAGAAGCUAGAGCAUUCUUGGAAGGCCCUUGUACAUGAUGGGGACACUGUGUCUGUGCACAGACCCAGCUUCUAUGCCGAAAGAUUCCAACGGUUCAUGUGCAACACAGCAUUCAAGAAAAUACCAUUAAAGCCAUCCCCUUCUAAGAAGAGCCGGUCUGGCACCGCAGUUCCUCGUCGAAGCUGUCAAGGAGGAGUGCCUUUCCAGUCACAUAUGUCAUGUGAGACAAAAGCACAAGUAACAACAGAGGUGGAUGUAGAGCAAGGUUCCCACCUUGGUCGUCCAGAUCUCCUGCCAAGGACUCUGCCAGUAGAUGAAGCUAACAGCGAUUCCGUCGCAACAACCCUGUCCACUUCUUCCUUGGGCAGUGGAGGCCUCAACUCACCCGCAAACAGUGGCUCCCCAGGGCCUUCAAUACCCGAGCACUCCUCAGAACUGAGGGAACAGUUCGAAGACCUGCAGGAGACGGAGAUAAGCUUUUGAGGCGACAUCGAGGCCGUUGCGAUGGAAGCAGAUGGUUCUGUGCUCUGUGUGGUCUGUGGAGUCUGACAAACGUUCAGCCCCCGUUGCUGACUUUUUUUUUUUUUUUUUUUUUUUUAAGAAAUUUUAUCUGGACUGAAACCUAGAAGCUGGAAGGCUGGGUUACACAUAGUGAGGUAGUGUUAUACGAGACUGGGCCAGCACAGCUGAGCCUCAGGAUGCCUAAGUCUCCUUACUGCAGAGCACAUCAGGUGCCACUGUGUCCCCACUGUCCUCCUUGGUUUUGAAGCCUGGCAGGAGCAAAGCAGGCUGUUGGGAGGAGGAGGAGGAACUGCUCCGCAUGGGCUGAAGGCCUCUGGAAAAGGGAUCUGACUUUCAGGGAGUUAUCUACUUGUGAUGCCAACACCACAAACCUUGCAAGAACAGGCGACUCUUCAGAGUUCUGCGGGGAAACGGGCAUUAGAAGCUCAGUGGGGCAGUUUGCGACAGAGCAGUGUGGUUUUAUUUUGUAUUUUAAACGAGUUUUUAAUUUAAAAGUUUCCUUGAAUUCAGUCAUAUCACUUCUUUUUAGUCCUGCAGUAUAGUCAUUCUUUUUUAAUAAAUAAGCUUCUCAGUAUUCCACCAGAAAAUACCCUAGGUGAGCGGCAGCGAGGGGUGCUGACCACAAGGAGCCCUCUCCCCGGUACCUGCUCCCGGUGGCAGUAGUCUCCUGAGACAGCGAGGUGGAGAGCAGGGGUGUUCUGUUGUGCUCCUUAGCUUGGAGGAUUUUGAAGAUGCAAAGCUUUUGAGAUGUUAGGGAGGUUUUGGAUUGCUUUGUCCCUUGUUUUUGAAAUGAGUGUCUUUGUCCCUGCCAUGUUUCCUUCCCCACAAAGUAACUAAUGGAGGGAGAUCUUUGUAACGGGCGCACUUUUUUUUAAAGCCUUCAGUAUUUCUUAAGCAAAUGGACCAAACCUAGCCUGCUCGGUUCCCUUCCCUGCCCUCCAGCCUGCUGUUACGUUCUGUUGUGGGCACCGCUGGCAAAACUUACAGUUUUUAUAGCUUGGCUCCCUUUUGAUAUCUCAGCCUGCACCCUAGCCAGCCUUGCGGAACCGUGUUUGGCACUGAUGCUCUUGAUGGCUCAAGAUUGAGAUACCUGCCUAAAUGGCUGCCUGCUGUGUGCGCUGAGACAGACAUCUGCCUCCACAAAAGUACGGUGCAUUUCGAGUCCCAUUUAAAGAAAAAAAAAACCUGAAGGGAGGCAUGGUUCUGUUGUGGCCGUUCCCCCUUGUGCAGGAGGCUGUGGCGACGCCUCCCUGGCACGGGCUGCAGACACUUACUAGAGAUCUCAGAGAUGUUGGACUGAUCUUUAUUUUCACUAAAUGCUUUUUUAAGAAAUGAAGUGACUCUUCCCCAUGUUCCUGGUGGGUUAGAAUCCUCUGUUCUUUUUUAUAUAAAAAAAAGUAAUUUAAAGUUUGCCCUUGCAGCAGUGCAAGGGGUUUCUAUGCUAACUAGCAAUGAUUGCUAAGGAAACCAAGAAUGUAGUGGUGUAGAAGGGGAUGUUUUUAGUUGAUGUUUCAGAGCCAAGUCUCUUCCCACCUUCCACUUCAAGCUUUUAAUUAAAGUGGAUGUGAUGCAAGCUGAUAUUUUUUAAGAAAAAACUUCUUUUUAAAAUUUUUUUUGAAAGACCAAGUGGAAUGGCCUUACUCCGGGUGUUCCGGAUCCAGAGGGGUUUGCUGGAGUGUGAGAACAGCCUCUGUUCGGAAGCUGGCUGUUGGGUUCUCAAGGGCUCUCAAACCUCUCAACACCAAUCAUCGUCCCAGCGAGACCUGUGGGUGGGAGAAAAGAUCAGUUCUGGGACACCUCGGGUGGAUCUUCCUUUCUCCCUCCCUGUUACCUCUGACUCUACCCGCAGGUUACACUUUAUAGCUGAAAUAACUGUCUAUAUUAGACACUGUUUCUUACCUUCCCUCCUAACUCAUUUUUUUUUUUUUUUACCAGGAGGGAAGAAAACUAAGUCUCAAUUUUUUCAUGGUUUAAUAUUUAUGAACUUGUAUUUAAGUGUUUUAUUUUUUUUUUCUCCUGGGGAUAGUUAUUCAGUGAGUAGGGAGAUGGGGGUGGGGGGUGGCAUUUAUAUAUGGGAACUAUCAACCUCUGCUUUGUAAUGGGUUUUCAGAAUAACUGCUAUUGUUAUUUUUUUUGCGACAGAAAGUGGCAGGCAACUGCUUUUGUCUUUUAAAACCUCGCGGUGGCUUUUCUCUGGCGGGGAAGGGGGCUUUGGGUCUUACAGGGGGGCAAGAGCAGGGAGCAGCUGGGACAACUGCCCAGGCCCCUGCUGCCACCACCUCCUGGUGCCAGCUGAUGGAUCCCAGGCUCUCCUGUCCUGCUCACCAUCGGUUCUGGCAUCGCCACUGGCACCGCUUCGCCACCCGCAUCCAGCUGCGAGGGCCUGGACCUGUCCCCAUGGAGCAGCUCGUGCCGUGUUGUGGACAUUGUCAUAUUACCCGUGUACCAUUUUGUUGUCAUCGGCUGUUUGUGGAUACCUACAGCCCCUGCUGCCCUGCGCGGCAGCAAAAUACAGCGUGUGCUCCUGAACCA